AUGACGAAGAUCCAAGGGAAGAGGAAGAUCGACUUGGUUUAUGGAGGAGGAAGUUUUGGUUUGAUGGGUCUUAUUUCCAAGAGAGUUUAUGAAGGUGGCUUCCAUGUGCUCGGGAUCAUUCCCAAGGCUUUGAUGCCAAUUGAGAUAUCUGGUGAGACUGUUGGAAAUGUAAGAGUGGUUGCAGACAUGCACAAACACAAAGAUGCAAUGGCACAAGCAGCUGAGGCCUUCAUUGCCCUCACUGGAGGUUAUGGAACAAUGGAGGAGGUGCUGGAGAUGAUAACAUGGAUGGUCUAUUUAAUGUUGAUGGGUACUAUAACAGUUUGCUUGCUUUUGUUUGACACUGGCUUUGAAGAAGGUUUUAUUAAACCUGGUGCACGUAACAUUGUGGUUUCUGCUCCAGCAGCCAAAGAGCUUAUGGAGAAGAUGGAGGUGCCUACUUUUACUCUUUAUACCAACUUAGGAAAGGUGGAAGGGCACCAUGUUGUGUUUGGGAAGGUUAUACAAGGGAUGGACUAUGUGUUCGCCAUUGAAGGUGGAGCUGGUACUUACAGUGACAAACCAAGGAAGAAAGUUGUGAUUGCUGAUUCUGGAGAGAUCCCUAAAGACAAAUGGGAUGAAUAG